CAUCGCGUCAACAGUUGCGUUUCUGAAUACAGUCCGUAUAUUUUCAUUUGAGUCCACAUUUUUAAUGUGGACAACGAUUUCUCGAAGUAAAUAACAAAACGAAAUAUUUUUUAUCGGUUAAUUUCAUUCAGGAACAAAGUGAAUACAGGACGGAAAGUCUUGACGUCGCGAAGUUAGUGACAUUUUUUUUUAUUCAAUAGUUUUCAACAUGUUUACAAAAAGUGUGCAGUGAAUAGUAAAUAAUAUUACUAUUAAAAUUGUGCCAGGAUUAUAGUUUUUUUUCCCCUUAAUCAGUGAGAACAGUGUGUACGGAAACAUCAAAAUUUUUGAUGUUAUUUUGAUAUAAUAGUUUCAAAGUUUUCUUUCCCGGCAAAUUGACAUUUGUUAAUUGCCGCAAAAUGGCGAUUGUUGCGAUUAUUACUUUGGAUAUGAUAAGGGAAUAACAAUGAAAGUGUAAUGGAUUUAUUACACAUGAUCAAUAUUAGUCAUAUUCACAAUAUUUGUGUGAAAGUUUAAAACUUCUCUUCGAAUUGAUUUUGUUUUUAUUUUUUUCGUCGGUAUUCCGAUACUUUAAACGCGAGUGGAAUUUUUUUUGUGAGUUUUUACAACAAUUUAAUAAUGAAUUUGUGAUAGUCAUUUUGUAUUAUUUGGAGAUCGAGUUCCUUUUUUUUGGAUAUUAUCAGUGAAAAUGGAGCCCCGACGGACCAAAUGUUUUUUGCUGUUCACCGCACUCGUAUUCUCCGUUAAAGCACAACAAAGAUCGCCGAGGAUAACGGAGCAUCCGUCGGAUAUAAUAGUGGCCAAGAACGAGCCGGUAACUCUCAACUGUAAAGCCGAGGGUAAACCGGAGCCUGUGAUAGAGUGGUACAAGGAUGGCGAACCCGUUCCAACAUCACCGGGUGAUGCCAAAUCGCACAGAGUUCUGCUUCCGACGGGAUCGCUCUUCUUCCUGAGGGUGAUGCACGGGAAAAAGGAGCAGGACGGUGGUGUUUACUGGUGCGUCGCCAAGAAUCAAGUUGGCAGCGUCGCGAGCAGAAAUGCAACCCUCACAGUAGCAGUGCUGAGGGACGAGUUUCGUGUGGAACCUCAGAACACGAGGGUCGCGACUGGUGAAACUGCUUUGCUCGAGUGCGGACCGCCUCGAGGCCAUCCGGAACCUACCUUGCAAUGGAAGAGGAACGGGCACGUUAUAGACUUGGAAGCCACCAAACGAAUAACUCUUGUCGAUGGAGGAAAUCUGAUGAUAUCGGACGUGAGGCAAACCGAUCAAGGAAAAUAUCAAUGUGUCGCUACAAAUAUGGUUGGAGCGAGAGAAUCAAAAGUGGCCGCUUUAACCGUUCACGUGAAACCAUUUUUCCACUUGGUGCCAUUGAAUCAAACAAUAUUGACUGAUCAAACUGCCGAAUUCGCCUGCCGCGUCGGGGGCGAUCCAAUGCCCGAAAUUCUCUGGCGACGAAACGAUGGAAAAAUGCCAAUCGGCAGGGCUCACAUUUUGGACAAUAAAAGUCUCAGGAUCGAGAGGGUCACCGCUCAGGAUCAAGGUGUCUACAUUUGCGACGCCGAGAAUGGUGUCGGUGCCAUUUCCGCAAGCGCCACUCUCACCGUUCAUUCUCGUCCGGUAUUUACCAACUUUCCCAAGGACGAAGCCAUAAGCACGGGAUCAGACGUGACAUUCGCGUGUUCAGCGCGUGGUGCGCCGAAACCAUCAAUUUUUUGGACCCGCGAAGGCUCACAGGAAUUAAUGUUCCCUGGCAAUACAUAUCAAGAGCGUUAUACAAUAACCGAAGAGGGUAGUCUUCACAUAAAGGGAAUUAUUCGCAAGGACGAAGGCCACUACGUUUGUAGUGCAAUAAGUCAAGCGGGCGCCAGCACUGCCACUGUAUUCCUUCAGGUGACGUCGACCGAGGAAAUACCACCGCCAAUUAUCGAAUUGGGACCAGCGAAUCAAACACUCCUUCUAAAGAGCACUGCCACAAUGCCUUGUCGCGCUGUCGGCACACCAAAUCCAAAAGUAAAUUGGCACAAGGACGGUGCUUUGGUAAAAUUGGGAAGUCGCAUAACAAUGGCCAAUAAUGGCACCCUCUUCAUUGAGGAUCUACAGACAAGUGAUUCGGGACUUUACACUUGCAUCGCUUCAUCGGAAUCUGGUAACACUUCCUGGUCAGCGGCAUUGACUGUGAGCUCGUCGACGACACUUCACAGUACACCGGAUAUUGCCGCCUUACCACAAAAUCCAAGCAAACCGCGAAUCGUUAAUACGACGAGUAAUAGUGUCACAUUGACCUGGAGUCCAGGUCACGAGGGUCAGAGCAAAAUUAUUGGCUAUAAUAUCGAGUAUUUCAGCAGUAAUUUGAACACUGGAUGGGUGCUCGCUGCAACUGGAAUUACUGAUGACACUUACACUGUCAUUGAUUUGAAACCGGACACAAACUACGUUUUCUUAGUUCGAGCAGAAAAUAGUCAGGGUUUGUCACUUCCCGGUCCAAUGUCAGACGUCGCUCACACGGUGACCGCAAAUCAACAUACAGUGCCUCAGAUAGAACUCAUCAGAGCAAGAGAUCGUCUUAACAGUGAAAUCCUUCACUUGAGAGACGUUCAAUCGCUCAGCAGUUCAAGUGUCAAAAUUAUGUGGGACAUACUUGGAGCUGCGGAUUUAGUGGAAGGUCUCUACAUUCGUUAUCGCGAGGCGUCAGAAAAGCCCGAAUAUCAAAUGGUGACAGUGUUGAAUGCCGGUGCAACGAGUUAUGUUUUAACUAAUCUGAAAAAGUACGCACGAUACGAAUUUUUCCUUGUUCCAUUCUACAAGACAAUUGAGGGACGUCCGAGCAAUGUAAAAUUAGCCACAACUCAAGAAGAUACGCCCUCCGGUGCUCCUGAAAACGUUCACGUUGGAAUGAUCAACAUCACGUCUGCAUUCGUUCGUUGGUCACCACCACCAAAAGAGACACAAAAUGGCCAAUUAGUCGGCUACAAGAUUCAAAUAAAGAGCAACAGUAGUAACAAAAUUUUGGGGCAAAUGUCAUUGAACGCUUCGACGACAUCGGUGAUUAUAAACAGUCUAUCGACCGGAGGACUUUAUACAGCGAGGGUCGCUGGAUUGACCCGCGCCGGUAUCGGUCCCUUCUCGCCGCCAACACUUUUGAACAUGGACCCCGGUCAACUGUCUCAAGUUCCGCCGCGAACGGAUCCAAGUCACGGUGGAAUGUCCGUCGUCAGGGAAACUUGGUUCCUAAUUCUGAUAAUCACAAUGGUCUUCACGAUAAUAGCGGCCCUCUUAGGAACCCUAUACGUCCGACGAAAGCAAGCAAUGAGCAAACAAUUGGGCCACCUGAACGUACCUGUAGGAACCGCGAACGACAUUUGCCAAUUGAAUAAAGAUUCCCUCUGGCUGGAGCGAGGUUGGCGACCAACAAACACUCUCCAGAGUUCCAAUGACAAAGACUGCGAAACAAAAUUACUCAACAAUCAACCACUCCUAGCGCCGGGCAUCGUCAGUAUGGCAGGUUCCGAAUACGCCGAAGUGAAUCUCACAACAUUCUACAACACCCGCAAACAAAUUCAAGCACCACCCGAACCAUACGCAACAACAACAUUAUGCGUCGCGAAUCCAAGUCCCGAAUCAAUGGAGACCAGCGGUCAAAAAUCAAACUCCAGCGAUUCCUGCGUAAAGCCCGAUUACUCGAGUCUCGAUUCAAAUCAAGAUCAGAAUAAAUCGACAAUUUCGCCCAGCAGCGAUAACACCAGUGUCUACACCGACGAGAAUAUGGAGAUCCAACGUAGACCGCAAUACAGAAUUAAUGACGGCAAUUCCCAAACAAUGCCAAAUUGGUGUGACAUGCUACCACCGCCACCCGAGCAUCCACCGCCGGCUUCUUCAAAUUCACUCGCCGCUCGCUUACAACAUCAAUCAUUCAGUCCCCAUCUUGCCAAAAGGAACCCACAAAGCGACAUGGAGGGACACUCGAAUAAUUCCCAAAGUCCACCAACACCUCCGGUUCGAAUCGGACCCGCAUUCUCCUCAUCGCCAAUGCCAUGGAACUCCCAGUCUCACGAUGUCGCUGCAAGUCUCCACCAACAAGGCGGCAGGUACACAACCCUACCGCCUCAAACAAACCCCCCACCUGUACCCUCCUUCCCCCAGGGCUUCAAUCACUACGACUUCAAGACCCAAGAAAACGAGUACGAAAGUGGUUCGGUUAUUUACGGUCAUCAGAAUGGAGGCGAUGAUUAUCGAAAUCAUGAUUCGUACAAUAAGCGUACGAAUCAUCGAAUGGAUCUCGACGAUGUUUAUCGACACAAUGAGGAAAUGUUUAGAAAUGAAAAUUUAUAUCAUCCGGAGAAUGAUGAGUGGGAUAGAAAGUCAUGCGACUCGAAUACACAUUCGGAUAUGUGUUGCUCGUGCUCUGAGUCGAGUUGUCUCUACGCUGACACUAUGGAGUAUAAUAGUCAGUUUCAGCCAAGUUGCACGCACAACCGAGCUAAUUCGAGGAAUAGAAAUAAUAGAAGUCCCCGUAGAAGAACGAACAGGACAACUUCACCGACGUACAGCAGCGAAAGCAAUUAUUCAUCUAUUCCCCAGAGGCAGUGCGGUCCUGUUAAUUCACAAGAGAGACUGAGGCACAACAGAAGUAAAGAUAAAGUGCCCAGUUUUCCACGAAGUGCUGGCUACCAACAACAUAAUUCAUCAGCUUCAAAUACAAUGAGCAGCUCGGGAAGUCAGAGAUAUAAUAAAUUAAAUAGCCUCUUCAUGGGAGGCAAUAAUCCGAACGCAACUUCUGAAUUACGUGAUAGCUAAGUCUUUUAUAUAGGAAAAUAAUAUAAAAGAGACUCACAGUUAAAAGGCCUUCGAUAAUAACGAUCCUCACAAUAUCGUAGUUGGUCUACUUCCAUUUCAAAAAUAAAAGAAAAGAAGAAAGAAAUAAAAGGAAAAGGGCUGUUUCGUGUUGAAAAGGAGAAAAAAAAAUGACACACUUGUCAUUGAUUUCACCAGUCGAAUUGGGUCGAAAAAAUACAGGCAGAAACGACUUAUUCAAUCUGGUCGCGUGCAGCUCGAGUACUUUGGUGUUGGUUCCUCACGAUUUUAUAAAUAAUUGACGAAAAAUGACAUUUUUUUUUAUUUUUUGCUCCCAAGGUACUUUAUGAAUAAGUGCUGCACGUGGUUGGUUCUCUUAAACUAAUAAUAAAAACUCUGUAAAUAUAGUUACUCAUGAAUCUCAAAAAUCGUAGUCCAUUAGAAUCCCACGAAAAAAGAGGAAAACAGCUUUUCAAUCUUUAAUGAAGAAAUUAUCUAUUUCUUCCGCUAAUUUUUUAUUUUCAUUCUCAUAUUACAUUUCACGAUUUGCAAAACGAUUUUGUCCCCGCAAAUUGUGUCAUGUACUUAAAAAAAAAAUGUCGUGACUUGAACGAUAGUAUUGUUGACAUUGCAUUUUUUUAACAAUAGAGAAUCAUUUUUUGAUUCUUCAAAAGCAAAGACUGUAUAAAAAGUGAUCAAUUUCUUCUCCUUUGCAUUUACGCUUAAUCACGUCGUUUCACUUUUUAAUCUCCCCCCCACUAAGAUAUUUAAUUUCUUCUUUUUUUUGGUAAAGUUUUCUUUUCUAUUUAUUCCCUUUUUUCCAAGUAAUAAAAUUUUAAUUUCUCUUACACACGAACUGAACAUUAAUUUUGUAUUCAAAAAGUUGGACAGCUUUUAAGAAUCUUUCUCUCAAUAGAUAAACUUGACAAAUUUACAUAAUGCAAAAGCUAAUGAAAUCAGUUCUCAACAAACUCAAUUUUACCUUCACUGCCGUUAAUCAUACAAAAUAUACCGAGUAUAAAAAAAAUACUAAUUUUACUUUUUUUAAUGGUCCUUUUGCCAUGAAAAAAAUGCAAAUUUGUUAAACUUCUGUUUAGGGAAAAAUAAAUGAAAUUCGGAAAAAAAAGAAGAAUGAAAAAUCGGCGUGCAUUUCUUCCAGAACAAAAAAUAAUAUAGCAAUGCAUUAUAAAUAUAUAAAUAAAUAUAUAAAUAUUAAAAGUACGAGUCUAAGGUGUA